AUGAACUCUUCCGGUGGUGAACGUUCCGAAGGCGGCACCGCGGCCUCAAAGAAACGACAAAACCGCCAAAGCGUGCUGGCAAUGUUAAAGAAAACGGACAUCAAAAACAAAAGCCUCAAGCGGUUUUUCUACUUCACCUACGAAUCGCAGCAACCACCGGCAGCGGUGAAACAAGAAAAUGUCCGAAAGACCUACUACAGCAAUGGUGAAGUCUGUGAAGGAGAUGAGCACUUCCUGCGGCAAAUGAAAAAGAGCGUCUUCGUGAGCAACUUGCCGGGGGGUACGAAAAAAUCGGAGAUUUUUCAGUUGUUUCAACAGUACGGGCCGGUGUUGGCCAUUCAGUUGCGGACCCGAGGAGGGCGCCCGAUCGUUGGUAGCCAAACGGUUCCACCGCCGUACGAAUCCGGCUGGUCCUGCGGCUGCACCGUCGAGUUCGAUUCGCCCGAAAGUGCGGAGAAUGCAUGCGACGUAAAGCCGGGCAGCAAAUUUGUGGCCAAACCGUUAGUUGAUCCGUCACGUUACGGAGUGGAAAAUUGUGUGUUCGUUGAAAAUCUUCCGCCUGGCACCACACGACAAGAACUGUGGCAACACUGGAAGGCAUUCGGUGCGAUCCGCUCGCUAUGGAUGGAGCUUUCGGACGGUACGGUGCUGCUAAGUGAUGCCGAAUAUUCUCAGCUUCCCUCGGUAAACUGCCACAUACGGUUCCGGCGCCGAGCCGAAGCCCGGGCCGCCACGAAAGCGCUCAACCGGACCGUCUUUAAAGAGCGUCCCAUUUCGGUCCAGAUGGCGUACCAGAAGUACUGCAAUCCUGAUGAGCUUUCGAACAAUGCGCUGCGAAUCUUCUUCCAACCCUUCGGAGACGUCGUGGCGCUCGAUCAGAUUCCACAUCAGCGGGCGGGUUACGUUUGCUUUAAACCACCCGUACCGGUCGACAUCGUCAAGCGGAUCGGCCAGCAAACGUUCCGCAAGCGGCGUGUGAUGUGCGAGAAGCUGGAUCUUCCCGGUGUUCCGAAAGACGGUAAACUUAUGAAAGGCAUCGGAAGCAACGGAAAAACCAAUGCUGGUGACGGUACGGCGGGUGGUUCCGCGGGUCGCACUGUUGGCAACACAAAGUCCGCCAAUCACGGUCAAGCCGGAAAGUUGGGGCGAAAACUUCCGCGCAAAAGCUUGCAGGUUGUUGGACGGAAGCCGCUCGGCCGGAAGCCCACAGCGGAAGCGGCAAAAGGCGGUGCAGAUACACCUUCGAAGGCGGCGGCCAGGGCCGCGGAGAAUGCGAAGGAAAACCGUGCCGCCCAUCAUGUUGCAUAGGUCGGCGAUUCACGACAGA